ACUGCUCUAAGAUAGCUAUCUAAUGCAAAUUCAAGUUUUGGUAUGUGGAACCUUUGUUUGCCAGUUUGCCAGUUUCAGCCGGUCGAAACAGUUGUCGGACCCCGUGUGGGAAGCGGCUUCUGUACUUGUUGCCACGUCGGAAUAGUUGUUGAACCUGGUUUAUUAAUUCACAACAAAACAAGGAAUACUUUUCUGCAGUGUUGUCUGCUUUAGCUGCAGUCAUGGUUUCCGUUAUCAACACGGUGGACACCUCUCACGAGGACAUGAUCCACGAUGCCCAGAUGGACUACUACGGUACACGACUCGCUACCUGCUCCUCUGAUCGCACCGUAAAGAUCUUCGAUGUCAAAAAUGGAGGGCAGAUCUUGGUAGCAGACCUCAGAGGCCACGAGGGUCCCGUGUGGCAGGUAGCGUGGGCUCACCCGAUGUUCGGCAACAUUCUGGCUUCCUGUUCCUACGACCGUAAAGUCAUCAUCUGGAAGGAGGAGAACGGAGCCUGGGACAAGAUGUAUGAAUACUGCGGCCACGAGUCAUCAGUGAACUCUGUCUGCUGGGGUCCCUAUGACUUUGGUCUGAUCCUGGCCUGCGGCAGCUCAGACGGAGCCAUUUCCCUUCUCACGUUUACCGGGGAUCAGCAGUGGGACGUCAAGAAGAUCAGCAACGCACACACUAUUGGCUGUAACGCAGUGAGUUGGGCUCCUGCUGUAGUUCCCGGCAGCCUGAUUGAUCAGCCAUCGGGUCAGAAACCAAACUACAUCAAACGCUUUGUCUCCGGAGGCUGCGACAACCUGGUCAAACUCUGGAAAGAGGAGGACGGUCAGUGGAAGGAGGACCAGAAGCUGGAGGCUCACAGUGAUUGGGUGAGGGACGUCGGCUGGGCUCCUUCUAUUGGCCUUCCCACCAGCACCAUCGCCAGCUGCUCCCAGGACGGACGCGUGUUCAUCUGGACGUGUGACGACCCAGCAGGCAACACCUGGACGGCCAAACUGCUCCAUAAAUUCAGUGAUGUUGUUUGGCACGUCAGCUGGUCUAUCACUGGAAAUAUACUGGCUGUGUCAGGAGGAGACAACAAGGUGACGCUGUGGAAGGAGUCGAUGGACGGUCAGUGGGCGUGUAUCAGUGACGUCAGCAAGGGCCAGGGUGCCGUCUCCACCAUCACAGACACGCAGCAGAACGAGCAGUGACACAAACCACACACACUCAUACAUAGCAUUGACCCCUGACUCUACAAGGAUGACCCCACUCUUCAAAGAUGAAUUAAGCGUUAAUACACACGCCGGACAUUUGAACAAACAGAACAUUGUCCACACCGAUUGAGCAAUUUUUGCAAUGUUUUGGUUUGGGCUUCAGCUCAGCUUCUUGAUGAUGACAUGAUGAGUUAAAGGAGCUCAGCUGCACAGUUUGUCCGGGAUAAGCGUUCCAAAUUUUAUGAGAAGUGAAGGAAACCUUUACAGUUGAAAGAUGGAGAAACUCUGAAAAUGCAAACAUGACUGAUCUUUUUUUUUUUUUAUCAGAUGCACUCCCAUCGCGUUUCUACAUGUACGUUAAUGUUGGUCCAAACACAAGUUAGUACACAGCCUGACACCGGCCCUCCAUCCCGUCCCAUGAUGCUUUGCUCCUAAAACAUUCCACCUCCACCAGCAGAUGAGCGGAGAAGUAUCCCAGCAUCCUGGGACGCAGCAGUCCUGCUAAACAAGCUCUGCAUUGAGCACAAAAGCCCCCACGUGCAACUAUAAAACUGUUCUCUCCAUUAUGUGUAAUGUAUUUGGUGCAAAACUAGCGUCACUGCUCAGCGGUAAACAAAUCCCCGUGUUCUCACAGCGAAACAAAUCCAAAAAAGAAAUACGUCCCCAACUUCAGCCGGUAAAUUUAAUAAAAAAUAAGUAAAUAAAUGAUUUAUUUAGUAAUCUAUUGAUGAGUAAGAGGCUGGUUGUCAAUGGGUGUUUGUGAAUUUAGAAUUUGCCUUAAAUAAUCAGCAUCAGAAUUACAUUUCUACGGCAACCUGAAUAAAUCAAUACGUUGCCAAGACAACUAAGAAUGAGGCAAAGUUUCGGUGAGCUUUUGAUUUUCUUUCAAUUGUGAGAACAGAAAACCAUGGAUGUGUUUUUCAUAUUUGAUGUAAUUAAAUAACUAUAAUGUUGAAAUUA